GGAUGUGUGUCGGUGUGUGUGGAGGGGCUGCUCCUUCACUCCUGCUUUCCCGGCUUGGUGGGGUCCUUUCGCGGCCACCCGGGGAAACGUCUUAGGCAGUCGUGGUUCCUGUGAUCUGUGUCCUCUUUGCAGAAGUUCUGUUUCUAUCCAUCUCAUGUGCUGUGUGUGUCUGUAACGCCUCAUUCCGUGCUGUCUGGCAGGAAGCUCCAUCUCAUCUCGUCAUCUCACGGCCCUGGCACUGCCUCAGCAUGGCCAUCUCAUCACGCCUCGCCCUGUGGGAGCAGAAGAUUCGGGAAGAGGACAAGAGCCCUCCACCGUCCUCGCCCCCUCCCCUUUUCUCUGUCAUCCCAGGGGGCUUCAUUAAGCAACUGGUCCGGGAGACUGAAAAAGAGGCCAAGGAAGCGAGACAGAGGAAACAGUUAGCUCUCGCCACUCCGGAACGAGAGACCCCAGAAAUUUCCAUCAGCGAACCCAACAGCAAGUCCAGCAGUGGCACCAGAUCUGGAAGCCAGCAGAUCUCUCAGGACAACCAGUCAAGCUCUCCUGGGAGCUCAGACAUUCUGAGCAAGGAGAGCGAGGGGGCCGGCAGCCCCGACCCUGAGCGGAUGACCAGCAUCAAUGGUGAGAAGGCCCAGGAACUGGGCUCCACUGCAACAUCAGCCAAAAAGACCCUCCCCUUCAAGAGGGGCAUGAGGAGGGGUGAUGUGUUGUUGAUGGUGGCCAAGCUGGACCUGGACUCAGCCAAGCCAGAGAGGACUCAUCCCCAUGACACGUCCCCUUGCAAGACCCCUCCCCCAGUCACAGAUACUGGAAAGGAAAAGAAAGGGGAGACCUCUAGGGCUCCUUGUGGCCCCCAGGCCAGCACUGAGAUCUUGGCCCCGAAAGCUGAGAAGACCCGGACUGGGGGUCUUGGGGACGCAGGCCAAGGAACUGUGGCACUGAAAAAAGGCGAGAAGGGUCAAAGCAUAGUGGGGAAGGGGGGUGGGACCCCCAAAACCAAAGAGCUGAAAGAGGCUGAGCCCCAGGGCAAAGACAGGCAGGGGACCAGGCCCCAAGCCCAAGGGCCCAGAGUGGGGGUGCGACCAGGGAAAGCAGAGAAGGAGGGAGGGGAGCCCACAAGCCCAGUGGAAAAGGAGAAUGUCUCUAAGAACGCAGGGAGUGAAGAGAAGCACAAAGGGCCCCAAAUCCCUGGGAGAAAGUGGGGAGGUUUCCUGGGAAGAAGGAGUAAGUGGGAUGGUCCCCAGAAUAAGGACAAAGAAGGGGUGCUCUUAAGUAAGGCAGAGAAGACAGGUGAGCCUCAGACCCAGACAGAGAAGAAAAGCCAAAUGCAGGGUGAGUUGGGGGACGAUCUGAGAAUGGGGGAGAAAGCAGGUGAGCUUCGGAGCAUGACUGGGAAGGCAGGUGAGUCCUGGGAUAAGAAGGAAAAGAUAGGGCAACCCCAGGGUAAGUCCGGGAAGGCAGGGGAAGCUCGGAGUCAGACGGAGAAGGGCUGUGAAGCCCCAAAGGAGGUGAGCACGAUGGUGGAGUCACCAGUGGCUGCUGGGAAAGGAGGCUGGUCAGGAAGAAGUGGUCAGGAAGCAGAGGGGCCCUGCUCAAGAGAAGAUGUUGGGUCUGGUGCCCUGGAGACAGAGCUGGAAGCACCCAGCCAGCCUGCUCUGGAGAAGGAUGCGGAAAGGCCUCGGAUACAGAAGGAGAACCAAGAUGGGCCAGCCCUCCAGGAGGCGGGAAAAGGAGGCCAGAGCAGAAACUCAGAGCAGGCUCCUGAGGACAGAUGGUAUGAGGCAGAGAAAGUCUGGCUGGCUCAGAAGGACGGAUUUACUCUUGCUACGGUGCUAAAGCCAGAUGAGGGAACAGCAGACCUGCCGGCAGGAAGGGUGAGACUUUGCAUUGAUGCUGACAAAAGUAUCACUGAGGUGGAUGAGGAGCAUGUCCAUCGGGCCAACCCCCCUGAGCUGGACCAGGCCGAGGACCUGGCCUCUCUCAUCAGUGUCAACGAAUCCAGUGUCCUGAACACGCUUCUGCAGCGCUACAGGGCUCAGCGGCCACACACUUGCAUAGGACCUGAUCUGAUCGUCCUUCAGCCCCGGGGGCCCUCGGUGCCGUCUGCAGGGAAGGUGCCCAAGGGCCGCAGGGAUGGCCUGCCCGCCCACAUUGGCUCCAUGGCCCAGCGGGCAUACUGGGCGCUGCUGAACCAGCGGAGAGACCAGAGUAUUGUGGCCCUGGGCCGGAGUGGGGCUGGGAAGACCGCCUGCUGUGAGCAGGUCCUGGAACACCUGGUGGGGAUGGCAGGCAGCGUGGAUGGCAAGGUCUCAGUGGAGAAGAUCCGAGCCACCUUCACUGUCCUCCGGGCCUUCGGCUCUGUGUCCAUGGCUCACAGCUGCAGCGCCACCCGGUUCUCCAUGGUGAUGUCGCUGGACUUCAAUGCUACAGGCCGCAUCACGGCUGCUCAGCUCCAGACAAUGCUUUUGGAGAAGAGCCGUGUGGCACGGCAGCCAGAAGGGGAAAGUAACUUCCAGGUUUUCUCCCAGAUGCUGGCUGGAUUGGACUUGGAUCUCAGGACGGAGCUGAACCUGCACCAGAUGGCAGAUAGCAGCUCCUUUGGCAUGGGCGUGUGGUCCAAGCCUGAAGAUAAGCAGAAGGCGGCAGCUGCCUUUGCCCAGCUCCAGGGUGCCAUGGAGACGCUGGGCAUCUCAGAGAGCGAGCAGCGGGCCAUUUGGUGGGUCCUGGCAGCCAUCUACCACCUGGGCGCGGCGGGGGCCUGCAAAGUGGGCCGGAAGCAGUUCAUGAGGUUUGAGUGGGCAAACUAUGCAGCUGAGGCCCUCGGCUGCGAGUAUGAGGAGCUGAACACGGCCACCUUCAAGCACCACCUUCGACAGAUCAUCCAGCAAAUGACGUUUGGGCCAAGCCAAAGGGACCUCGAGGACGAGGAAACCAGCUCAGGGCUCAAGAUGACAGGAGUGGAGUGUGUGGAGGGGAUGGCCUCAGGCCUGUACCAGGAGCUCUUUGCAGCCGUGGUCUCACUCAUCAACAGAUCCUUCUCCUCCCACCAUCUCUCCAUGGCCUCCAUCAUGGUGGUGGACUCUCCAGGCUUCCAGAACCCUCGGCACCAGGGCAAGGACCGGGCGGCCACCUUCGAGGAGCUGUGCCACAACUAUGCCCAUGAGCGCCUGCAGCUGCUGUUCUACCAGCGGACCUUUGUCUCCACGCUGCAGCGAUACCGAGAGGAAGGUGUUCCUGUGCAGUUUGACCUCUCGGACCUCUCCCCAGGAACCACUGUGGCUGCUGUGGAUCACAAUCCCUCUCAGGUCCGCUUACCAGCUGGAGGAGGUGCCCAGGAUGCCAAAGGCCUUUUCUGGGUCUUGGAUGAGGAAGUCCGUGUAGAGGGCUCCAGUGACAGUGUGGUGCUCGAGCGUCUGUGUGCUGCCUUCGAGAAGAAAGGAGCUGGGACUGAAGGGUCCUCUGCCCUGCGGACCUGUGAGCAGCCCCUCCAGUGUGAGAUUUUCCACCAGCUGGGAUGGGACCCUGUGCGGUACGACCUCACGGGCUGGCUCCACAGAGCCAAGCCCAACCUCUCAGCCCUGGAUGCACCCCAGGUCCUGCAGCAGUCAAAAAGAGAGGAGCUGCGGAGUCUAUUCCAGGCCCGAUCCAAGCUGCCUCCUGUGUGCCGGGCUGUGGCAGGCCUGGAGGGCACCUCCCAGCAGGCCCUGCAGAGGAACCGCAUGGUGAGGAGGACCUUUGCCAGUAGCCUUGCCGCGGUGAGGAGGAAAGCCCCGUGCUCCCAGAUCAAGCUGCAGAUGGAUGCACUGACCAGCAUGAUCAAAAGGUCCCAGCUGCACUUUAUCCACUGCCUGGUCCCAAACCCUGUGGUGGAAAGCAGGAGUGAGCAGGAAUCUCCUACACCACCACAGCCUGGUAGAGACAAGCCUGGGGCAGGUGCACCUCUGGCCCUGGAUAUCCCAGCACUGAGGGUGCAGCUUGCUGGGUUCCACAUCCUGGAGGCUCUGCGUCUGCACAGGACAGGCUAUGCUGACCACAUGGGGCUCACUCACUUCCGCCGGCAAUUCCAGGUGCUGAACCCUCCACUCCUGAAGAAGCUCAUGUCGACCUCCGAGGGAAUAGAUGAAAGGAAGGCCGUGGAGGAGCUCUUGGAGACCCUGGAUCUGGAAAAGAAGGCGGUGGCUCUGGGGCACAGCCAAGUUUUUCUCAAGGCAGGUGUGAUCUCCAGGCUUGAGAGGCAACGAGAGAAGCUGGUAUCUCAGAGCAUCGUUCUCUUCCAGGCGGCUUGCAAGGGCUUUCUGUCUCGCCAGGAAUUCAAGAAGUUGAAGAUUCGCCGACUGGCUGCGCAGUGCAUCCAGAAGAAUGUGGCUGUGUUCCUCGCAGUCAAGGACUGGCCAUGGUGGCAGCUCCUUGGUUCCCUCCGGCCCCUACUUAGUGCCACCAUUGGAAAUGAGCAGCUCCGAGCCAAGGAGGAGGAGCUUACAACGCUAAGACGGAAGCUAGAAAAAUCAGAGAAGUUGCGGAAUGAACUCCGGCAGAAUACAGAUCUGCUAGAAAGCAAGAUUGCUGACUUGACCACUGAGCUGGCUGAUGAGCGCUUCAAAGGUGAUGUGGCCUGCCAGGUGCUGGAGAGUGAGCGGGCAGAGCGGCUACAGGCCUUCCGAGAGGUCCAGGAGCUCAAGAGCAAGCAUGAACAAAUCCAGAAAAAAUUGGGAGACGUGAAUAAACAGUUGGAAGAAGCCCAGCAGAAAAUUCAGUUGAAUGACUUGGAAAGGAAUCCUGCUGGAGGAGCAGACGAGUGGCAAAUGCGCUUCGACUGUGCUCAGAUGGAGAACGAGUUCCUCAGAAAGCGUCUGCAGCAAUGCGAGGAGAGGCUGGACUCGGAGCUGACAGCCAGGAAAGAGCUGGAGCAAAAGCUUGGGGAGCUGCAAAGUGCUUAUGAUGGGGCCAAGAAGAUGGCUCACCAACUGAAGAGGAAGUGCCACCAUCUUACCUGUGACCUGGAGGACACCCGCGUCCUGCUAGAGAACCAACAAAGUCGAAACCAUGAGCUGGAGAAGAAGCAGAAGAAGUUUGACCUGCAGCUGGCCCAGGCCCUAGGUGAGUCUGUGUUUGAGAAGGGUCUCCGUGAGAAAGUGACCCAGGAGAACACCAGUGUCCGGUGGGAGCUAGGCCAGCUUCAGCAGCAGUUGAAGCAAAAGGAGCAGGAAGUCUUGCAGCUGAAGCAGGAGGUGGAGAUGCUACAGGACCAUAAACGGGAGCUGCUGGGGUCACCCUCUCUGGGGGAAAAUUGCGUAGCUGGCUUGAAGGAGAGACUCUGGAAGUUGGAAUCCAGUGCCCUUGAGCAACAGAAAAUCCAGAGCCAGCAGGAAAACACCAUCAAGCAGCUGGAGCAGCUCCGCCAGCGGUUUGAGCUGGAGAUCGAGCGGAUGAAGCAGAUGCACCAGAAGGACCGUGAGGACCAGGAGGAGGAACUGGAGGAUGUCCGUCAGUCCUGCCAGAAGCGGCUCCGUCAACUGGAAAUGCAGCUGGAGCAAGAAUAUGAAGAGAAGCAGAUGGUCCUCCAUGAGAAGCAAGAUUUGGAAGGCUUGAUCGGAACCCUCUGUGACCAGAUUGGCCAUCGGGACUUUGACGUGGAGAAGCGACUUCGGAGAGACCUCAGGAGGACACAUGCACUGUUGUCAGACGUGCAGCUCCUUCUCGGCACCAUGGAGGAUGGCAAGACAUCAGUCAGCAAGGAGGAGCUGGAGAAAGUGCACAGCCAGCUGGAGCAGAGUGAAGCCAAAUGUGAGGAGGCCUUGAAGACCCAGAAGGUGCUCACAGCGGACCUGGAGAGCAUGCACAGCGAGCUGGAGAACAUGACGCGGAACAAAAGCCUGGUGGAUGAGCAGCUGUACAGGCUGCAGUUUGAGAAGACGGACCUCCUGAAGCGCAUUGAUGAGGACCAGGAUGACCUGAAUGAGCUGAUGCAGAAGCACAAGGACCUCAUUGCUCAGUCUGCUGCUGACAUUGGGCAGAUCCAAGAACUGCAGCUGCAGCUGGAGGAAGCCAAGAAGGAGAAGCACAAGCUUCAAGAACAACUGCAGGUGGCUCAGAUGCGCAUUGAGUACCUGGAGCAGUCCACCGUGGAUCGAGCCAUUGUCAGCAGGCAGGAGGCGGUCAUCUGUGACCUGGAGAACAAGAUGGAGUUCCAGAAGGUGCAGAUUAAGAGAUUUGAGGUCCUGGUGAUCCGACUUCGGGACAGCCUGAUCAAGAUGGGGGAGGAGCUUUCACAGGCGGCCACGUCGGAGUCCCAGCAGCGGGAGAGCAGCCAGUACUACCAGCGGCGCCUGGAGGAGCUGAAGGCCGACAUGGAAGAGCUGGUGCAGCGGGAGGCGGAGGCCAGCCGGCGGUGCAUGGAGCUGGAGAAGUAUGUGGAGGAACUUGGGGCAGUGAGGCAGACCCUCCAGACAGACCUGGAGACGUCCAUUCGGCGGAUUGCUGACCUGCAGGCAGCCUUGGAAGAAGUGGCAUCCAGCGAUAGUGAUACUGAGAGUGUCCAGACGGCAGUGGAUUGUGGCAGCAGUGGCAGAAAAGAGAUGGAUAAUGUCUCCAUCCUCAGCUCCCAGCCAGAGGGCAGCCUGCAGUCCUGGUUGAGCUGUACUCUGUCCAUGGCCACAGAUACUAUGAGGACUCCUUCUCGACAGUCAGCCACCAGCAGCCGCAUCCUCAGCCCCAGGAUAAACGAGGAGGCUGGGGACGCUGAGAGGACCCAAUCGGCACUGAGCAGAGCCUGGUCCACAGAUGUCCGCAGCAAGACCUCAGGAGACAAGCCUGUUUCUCCCCACUUCGUCCGUCGGCAAAAGUACUGUCAUUUUGGGGAUGGCGAAGGGCUUGCCGUCCAGAGAAAGUCCACAGAGAGAUUAGAAGCUGCGUCUUCUCCCCUGGCUUCUCGGAGUACAAAUACAUCCCCUCUGUCGAGGGAAAAGCUGCCCAGUCCUUCAGCAGCCCUCUCAGAGUUCGUGGAAGGGCUCCGGAGGAAGAGAGCCCAGAGAGGCCAGGGGUCCACGCUGGGCCUGGAGGACUGGCCCACUCUCCCCAUUUACCAGACGACUGGGGCUUCCACACUAAGGAGGGGCAGGGCUGGCAGUGACGAGGGAAACCUCUCAUUGAGGGUUGGGGCAAAGUCACCCCUGGAAAUCGAAGGGGCCGCUGGUGGUCUCUUGAGGUCCACCAGCCUCAAAUGCAUCUCUUCAGAUGGUGUUGGGGGCACGACCCUACUCCCCGAGAAGGCGAAGACCCGAUUCAGUUCCUGCGAGUCCCUCUUAGAAUCCAGACCGAACAUGGGGAGAAAACUGAGCUCCCCGACCACACCCAGGGACAUGCUGUUGUCACCCACACUGCGUCCUCGGAGGCGGUGUUUGGAGUCCUCUGUGGACGAUGCGGGCUGUCCAGACCUUGGAAAGGAGCCGCUCGUUUUCCAGAACCGCCAGUUCGCCCACCUGAUGGAGGAACCUCUAGGCAGUGACCCCUUCAGCUGGAAAGUCCCAAGCCUCGACUACGAACGCAAGACCAAAGUGGACUUCGAUGACUUCCUCCCAGCUAUCCGGAAGCCCCAGACGCCUACAUCCUUGGCCGGAGCAGCCAAAGGUGGGCAAGACGGUUCACAGCGUUCAAGCGUCCACUUUGAGACAGAAGAGGCUGACCGUUCCUUUCUCUCGGGGAUCAAGACCAUUUUGAAAAAGAGCCCGGAGCCCAAGGAGGAUCCUGCUCACCUGUCCGACUCGUCCUCAUCCUCCAGCUCCAUCGUGUCCUUCAAAAGUGCUGACAGCAUCAAAAGUCGACCAGGAAUCCAGCGACUUGCGGGUGACGGUGGUGAGGGAACGUCCCCCGAGCACAGAGAGCCAGGGGCGGGGAGGAAAGACGACGAUGUUACAAGCAUAAUGAAAAAAUAUCUCCAGAAGUAGGCACCAGUUCAGCCUCCUUGAAGCUGCCCUUGAAGACUUCCCGACUCUACGAUAACUUGGAGAUAGAGAGACUGGCCAGGCCUCCCCAGUGGCCAAAGCCAGCCAGCACGGCCACCCUCAAGAGACAAGACGGGCCCACAAAGGCAAAUCCUGCGGGGAUGCUGGACUCCCAGUGUGGUUGGCCUGAACAAAAUAAAGUGUUGACUCCUGGGCA